AUGGCAAUGCUAGAAACGCCGUCUCGAAUAUGGCGCCGCAUCGAAGCCACGGAAGGUCACGACAUGCCCUCUCUUCCCUCGCUCCCCGCUUUUGAGGACUCCGGGAUCGACCCCUCCCUGUCUCACUCAUCCGACCAGGACUCUGACCCUGAUAUUUCUGCACCAUAUCACUCGACACCGACGGCAUCCUCCUCGAAUACUGCUCGCGCACCACCAAGCGUAUCCAGCACCGCUCGAUUCGCACAGUCGAUCGCCAGCCGUGGCGGCCGCUCCAUGUCCUCCAACAGUGCCCACAUCUCAGUGGCAAAUUCGAUGAGACGCUCUGGUAGAUCUCAGGAUCAGCUGGAGAGCUUUGACGAUAUCAGUAUGAUCCCAUCCUUACCCCAAGUUGAUCCAGAGGUGGGUUCCGAUUUUGAGGACUCGGAUAUGGAGCUCGGCAGCAUGGAAGGACACCGCGGAAACAUCGUACGGAUAGAUCACGGCGCUCAAGAUGACGACGAUGGCUUAUCGUUGGCAGAUGCCCUUCGUUCUGUUAGUCGAACGAGCUCACCCUUUCCGCCCAAUGAGUCAGAGGCAGAACACACACAGAAGCACGAAUAUUCUGUCAGUCUCAAGUCCGAGCCGAAGGCAUCUCCUUUCAACAAAAUGCGUAACGUCUCCUUUCGUAGGCCUGUACCACGCAUGCGCACGCCGUCUCUCACGCGAACAACGUCCUCUCCUGAGUCCUCGGCGUCAAACUCUACACCACAUAGCAGCCGCUCGUUUGCUGCAUCUCGUUCGCAAGCAGCUUCGCCCGUCACCGCCUUGAACAUUCCCUUACCACAAUCCAACAACGCAUCUCCAGCAGGGGUAUCGCUGCCCCCUUCAAGGAAUGCUUCCCAGCAGAGUCAAGAGAAUAUCUCUUACCCCUCUGGAGAUAGUGGCCCUCAAGAAGUAGAUGACGAACUGGACGUAAGCCUGCUUGAGAUCAGUCAUACCGUCGACGAACUCCCGGAAAGCCACAAUCAGACCGACUCAGAUGAGCGUGAGCCGACGUUUUCCUCCGGAGCGGCUCCGACACCUAGGUCCCAUAUUUCUUCGCCCGCACUCUCAUUGGCGCCGUCCAAUAUCUCCGGCAGAUCUCCCCCAGUCUUCUCCACUGCCCAAUCUUCUCCGGCACCCUCGAUCGCUUUCACGCCCACGCCCGCCUUUCAGCCACGCCCACGAGCCCGUUUCUUGGCUGUAUCUCCCGCACCAAAUUCCCAUUUCGGUGUCCCGUCUACCCCCGCUGUCCUGAACGCACAGGUAGCCGAGGAUGAUGACCCGACAACCCCAUUUGCCCGGCGUCGAUCUUUCCUGAUGGACGUAAUCAAUUCCACGGCGCGUCCCCGCCUGGCUCACCCGACCCCAUACACACAUCAGAUCGCUGACACCCCCGCCUCGGCCCUCUUGCAGACGCCCGCAUCAGUGAGCGUGAUUAACGAAGCGGACGAAAGCGCCAGCACGAUCCCCGCACCGGCAGGGCGCCUACAAGCUGCAUUCGCGGGCAUUACACCGCUCCCUCGCCCACGAGCGCAUGGGGGAAGGCUGUCGCAUCCUCUAGCACACGGCUGGACUGUGUCGUCCGAAUCUGAAGACAUCGCACACUCAGAUGCAGGUUCACAGUCGCCUUACGAUGUCAUGACGGAACGCGCCUCCUUCAUUUCGACAGCGUCCUCGCACGACUUGAACGGCCACCCACGCGCCAAUGCCUCGUUCGACCCUCUGAUGGGCCUUGGUGCAGGCGGACACGGUGUCGGGAGGUUCAAUGCAAACAAGCUCAAUACGUACUUGCAUGGAUUGAACAGGAGGCUCCAGGAAGAAAACGAGAAUAUGACAACGACGAACAUCGCGCUGAAGGAGGAAAUCGCGAUGCUGUUGGGGGAAAUAGAUAGUCUCAAAGGGGAGACGAGAAGGGGUGAGGGUAGAAGGGUCAGUGGCAUCAGACGCGUCAGCGAUAUCGGGACCACGCUAGGCCAUGUGGCAGAAGAUGUUGGUGGGGAAGGGUGGAUGGAGGAGAAAGUUGCAAUGGAGGAGGAGCUGGAAGGAUUGAGGGAGCAAUUUGAUAUCUGCAUGCAAGAGAGGGAGGAGGCUUUGCAACAGCUUGAGGAGCAGCAGGCCGAGCGCACAAAGGAUAAGGAGCAGUGGAAGAGGAGGAUGGACGAGGUGGAGCGCGGUGUGACACAAAUUGUGGGAGAUCUCGAGGCCAAGUUGGAAGCGGCGGUGGAGAGAGCCAACGGCGUCGAGGCGCGCGAGACAAAAAUAAAGGAGCUGCAGAGGGCGUUGGAGGACUCCGAAGCCGAACGGCAAUUCUCAGAGCAAAGGGCUGGGAAGGCUGAAAGGAUGCUGGAACACGAGGCUGGCUUCAGUGGAGAGCUCAGAGAGGCGAACGAGAGACUGGGGAAGGUGAUGGCUGAAUUGAGAGAGGCUCAGGCUCAGAUUGAGCGUCUUGAGACGGAGACUACUCGUUCGGGCGAUCGGGCAGCCGCCCUCGAACAAACCGCUAAAGAGGAUCGUGUCCGCAUCCAGAAACUCAAGGAGGAGCUUGACGAGAAAGAAGUCACUCUUGCAGAUACCGAACGCCAGCUCGCCGAUAAGGCAACAGCCCUUCACAAGACGCAGGACAAGUUAAACCAUGCCCAAACCUACAUCGCUGGCUUGGAGAGUGACGUCGCUACUGCAAGCGAGAAUGCUCGGGCCCUCAAGGACGAAUUGGCCUCAGCUCACGACCAGCUCAAGGAUGCUAUGGUGUCGGAGAACCAAAUGAAUGAGGAGAUGGGUCGAUUGGAAGAGGAAGCUGAUCGCAACGCUGAGCUCGCCCGGCAGUUAGAGGAGGCACUAGAGGCAGCAGAAACAAAAAUACAAGCCGAUGAAGGAACUAUAGCAGAGCUACGCAACAAGAUCGCAACCCUCGACCGCGAGCGUGAACGCGACCAUACGCGUUCACGCAUAGACCCUUCUAUGAACCAGGAUGCAGCAGUGGAAGAGGCGAUGGGUCAAGUUGAAGCCCUCGAAAAUGAACUCGACAAUGCCCACAGAGAGAUCGGCCGCCUCAAUGCCCAGCUAUCACAGUCGCCCGCUCGCAGAGCGAUUGAGAAAUCCAGGGAAAGUCGGAUUGAGAUGCUCGAGAAGGAAAAGGGCGAGUUGCUGGAACGGAUCAAAAACAUGAAGAGUGCUAUGAUCAGUAUGAGUACUCCAAGCAAGGGUGCCAACAGCAGUGCAAUGUCGCCCUUCCAUCGUCAACUGCUCAAUAUGACGAUGAAGACCCCCAAGACUCCCGGUGGACCUCUGAAGGAUAUGUCAUGGCUGCAUCCUAGCAUGGGAGAGCCGUCCGCCACCGCCUACGCCACGGGAAUCGCACACCUACAGAAAGAGCUCGAUCGCGCCAACGAAGACAUUGACGAAAAACUCGAUCGACUCUGGGACGCUGGCUUCGGUGUUGUGGAACUGACACAGCAGCUCGAGGACGAAAGAGCCCGGAACUCCACAUUGGAGGAAGAUGUCGCACGUCUGGUAAGGCGGGAAGAACGCCGAGUUCACCGACUAGAAAAAGCUCGAUGCCCAAAAUGUCGUAGCAAGGUCGACUUGCGCAGCCUGAACAGAGCUGCUGAAGGCGAUGAGAGGCAUGUUCUUUCUUCUAUAGACUUCUCUUCACUGGGUUUAAUGUCUGAACAUCCCGCUUCUACCUCGAAGACAUCUGAGACCCUUCGCGCCGAGCUACAGACUGUGAAUCAGCGAUUGAAGACCAUGAAAAGACAGUGGGAAGACGAGAAGCGACAGCUUCUUGGUGAUAAGGCCGCUCUCCAAGAUGCUACUCACCGACUGAACCUCCAGGUUCAGGAUGCAAAGGAUCGCAUUGCCGCCAAAGAGCGCGCCGGAGAGAAGGCGAAGGCUGGAAUACAAGGAGAGUUGGAUCAGGCAAACCACGUAAUCUCAGACCUCGAGGAGGCCUUGAAAAGCGAGCGUACACGUUUGAGAUCGUUGAGCACUGAACAGCGACAGGUCGACCGAGAAAAGUCUGACGUCCUUCUGCAACUGCGGCGGGCGGAGUCUGAUAUGGAGGACAUCAAGCAGCAACUGCAGCGUGUCAAGAAAAACAAUCAUGAACUCGAGGCUGAGCUGCGAGUCAACGCAAUCGCCGAUCAAAAGGCACGCUUGCUCGAAGCCAAAGCGGCGGAGAACAUGGAGACCAUUGAACAACUGCGACAAGAGCGCACCCUUUUGGCCGCUGAUCACAAGUCGCUUCAACGCCGCUUCACCGAGGUGUCCGAGCGGAUGAAGAAGCUCCGAGACGAGCAUGCUGCCUCGCAAAAUUCGCAUGAGAACCGCCGACACGCGCUCGAUCUGCAUCUGCUCGAGAUUGAGGACUUGAAGCAGCAAUUGGCAGAACGCACAGAUGCGCUCAAGGCCUCUGAGGCGGCGAAGUCUGAUGCCCGCCGCGUUUCUUCCAAAGAUAAAGACCAGGAGUACAGAGAGAGGGAAAGGGAGAUCGCUGCUCUGGAGGCGGACCUUGCCCGUGUGCGUCGCUCUGCAGAAGCCCUCGGGAAGGACUUGCGGGCCCAGAGGGAGAAGAGAGAGGAGGAAAGGAAGGCGGAGAAGGCGAAGGCAGGCGAGAGGGCCAGGAAGCAGGCGACGGCCGAAGUCAGGGUCCUUCGUGAACGGACCGAGGCACUUGAAGACGAGCUGAACAAUUGGGCGAAGCACGUCUGUGCCACGGACGCUUCAGCUGUCGGCGCGCUUCGCGCACAACACAAGGAAGAGGCUAGAGGCCUGAUGCUCCAGAUCCGUUACCUCAAGGCCAAGUGGACACGGGAGAACGUGCUGCGUGUGGGCUUGAGCGAACAGAAGAAGUAUCUGCUGGUACUACUGACCCGGCACGAGCGCGGCGACCGGAAAGUUCUCGCGGCGAUCGCGCAAAUUGGAUUCCCUGUCGUCGAUUCCGUUCCAAAGCCGAGGAGACGACCAUUGAAAGCUAUUGCGAUGAGUCUGAUAUUCUUAGCCCGCGUUGGACGAUCCAGCGAUAAGUGGCGGGAAGAACGCGCGUCGAAACCCUUGUUGCGAGCGGCGCUGGAGGAUGUAAGGCGACGGCGCGUACAACCUGGUCCAAGCAGACAGCGGACUUCAUAGUUUCUUUUGAUUUUUUCGGAUCUCUCGGCUUCUCUUUUCCUUUUGCUGUACAGUACUUGUAUGACGUAUUCUAGAGCGUUCCAUACCUACGAUUAUCGCACCUUCUUGUUGUGGAGUGGGGUCUUCGUGUAAUGCGUGUUGACUAUCCUGCCGUGUGUUGAUUAUGCAUGUCAUUUAUUGUGUCGAUAUGGGUGUAUUGUAUAGGAUCCAGUGCGACG